AUGGAUGUAAGUACCCGGGGUGUGUCGUACGACUCCAGCAAAUUAGUUCGGGGCGGGGGAGCCGCGCUCGCCGCAGCCGCUCACCCCUCGCCUCGGGGUUUAUCAGAUUCAGGGGGUAAAAAAUUACUUCUCAAUGGGAGGCAGGAGGGCGGCGCGGCGCGAGAGUGCGGCAUCGAGGGGCGGGCGUGGGCGGCGCCGCCACGUGACUCCGGCUUUUGGUUGCGUCGCGACGUCCGAUGCAACCGCUCCCUGCAUAACACUAGUGUUGAAGUAUGCACAGGUGUUGAUUUAAGUGUGGUGUUUACGCGAUUCGUGCGGGAUGGUUAA